AGCGCAGCGGGGUGGAGCGCUGGCGCUGGAGGAAGGAUUUAGUUGUCGCUAGCCUGGACCCAGCAAGUAAAAAGUUUAGUUUUCAUAUUUCAGCUGCGUAUUUCAAUAGUUUCAGUAAUAAUGUCUUCAGUUCAGCGUCUGAGGGAGUUUAUCAGAGAGCGACUAACUGCUGCUGCUGAAGAAAUCUUCACAGAGGUUGAAAAAAACAUCGUCCGCUACGAGGAAGACAUCAGACUGAUGGAAACCUGCUGGAACCCGCAGAUAAAACUCCUCAGAAUCGGUCUCACAAAGCCACAUGCCCCUAAUUCUGAGGAAGCUUCGGCGUCCCAACAACUCUAUAACCAGGAGAGGAGGUCCAUCCAGAACCAGGAGGAAUCAGAAUCUUAUUGGACUGAAGAGAAUCAGAUGAAAUCAUUUCACCCUCCUAUUGAAGAACAGAAUGAACAAGGACCGCUAUGGAUUAAAGAGGAGGAAGAGCUGACAGAACCUGUGCCAGUUAAAGAAGAAGAUGAACAGCCUGAGUCCAAAUGGACUAAAGAGGAUCCAAACAUACCAGGUUUGUUACUAAAUGAAGAACAAAGCGAAUCAUGGCCUUCGUGGAUUAAACGGGAAGAAGAGCCCCCAGAACCUGCAAUGAUUAGCGAAGGAGCUGAGGAACCAGAGUAUAUGUGGGCUAAAGAGAAUCUGAAGGAGCCAGAUUUGCUGCUAAAUCAAGAACAAGAUAAACCAGGACCUUCAUGGAAUGAAGAUGAUGAGAAACCAGCAUCUCUACUACUCAAAGUAAAGGAUGAACAAUAUUCAUCAGUAUCUGGCUAUGAACAUAGGCUAGUAGGAUAUUUGCCACCUGUAGAGGACCUACGCAGCGGGCAGGAGGAAGAGAAGCCUUUCCAGAAGCAGUCCAUGACUUUGAUGGAGAACUCUAGUAUUCAUGAAAUAGGGUCAAGCAAAAGAAAGUCAAAAACUGAGCAGCCCUGCUUUGAUUGGCCUCCUGUAGCCGAGAACAGAGAUCAGGAAGGAACCAGCUCCACUCUGCCACUAGGGAGGGACCAGAAGGACCCAAUCACCCGUCAGCAGGAAGAUCAGCCUGUCCAGAAGCAGUCGAUUACUUUGAUGGAUUCAAGUAAAAGAAAAAAAAGAACUGAGCGUACUUCCUUUCAUAGGCCUCCGGUAGUGGAGAACAGAGAUCAGAAAGGAAGCAGCUCCGCUGUGUCAGAUAUUCAUACUCAAACUGCUACAAAGAAAGGGACUUUUAAAUGUGAAAUAUGUGGGAGAGUCUUGAAGAAUAAGUAUACCAUGAAAAAACAUUAUAAAACCCAUACGGGCGAGAAACCUUUUACUUGUAAGACGUGUGGAAAAAGUUUUGCUCAAAGAUCUACUUUAAAUGAUCAUAUCAGAACUCACACAGGAGAGAAACCUUUUACUUGCAAGACAUGUGGAAAAAGUUUUGCGAGAGUUAAUCGUUUAAAUGUUCACAUUAGAACCCACACAGGGGAGAAUCCUUUUAUGUGUAAGACAUGUGGAAGAAGUUUCAAUUGCAUGAGUAGUUUAAAUGUACACAUUAGAACCCACACAGGUGAGAAGCCUUUUACUUGUAAGACAUGUGGAAAAAGCUUCUCUUCCGUGGGUUCCUUGAACGUUCACAGGAGAUCCCACACAAAUGAGAAACCUCUUGUUUGCAAGACAUGUGGAAAAGGUUUCUCUUAUAGUAAAAAUUUAAAAUAUCACAUCACAACCCACACAGAUGAGAGACCUUUUUCCUGUGAGACAUGUGGAAGAAGGUUCUCCACGGUUAGUGUUUUAAAGGUUCACAUAAGAACCCACACAGGAGACAAACCUUAUACUUGCAAAGCAUGUGGAAAGAGUUUCUCUCAGUUGAGCAGUUUAAAUAGUCACUUGAGAAUCCACACAGGUGAGAGACCUUUUUUAUGUAAGACAUGUGGAAAAUGGUUCUCUCAGUUGAGUACUUUAUAUGUUCACUUGAGAUCCCACACUAGAGAGAAACCUUUCACUUGUGGAACGUGCGGAAAAAGUUACUCUUAUAUUAGAAGUUUGGAAUAUCACAUCAGAACCCACACAGGUGAGAGACUUUUUUCAUGUUAGACAUGUGGAAAAAGUUUCAUAAUCGAUAGAAAUUUAAAUUCUCACAAGAAAACCCACUCUAAUGAGAAACCUUUGAAUGUCUAAUAUGUGGGGGAAAAGCAUUGCUAACUUUGGAAGUCUAAUAUCUCAUAAAAUGAAACCACAAAAAUGACAAGAAAUCAUUCAACUUGCAGAUUUACAAUAAAAUAGUAAAUUGUACUGUAAGUUUUUCUAAGAUUGUAUAUGCUCAAAUUAGUUUUGGUCAUUUUUUGAUAGAAUAAUUAAUCAACUUAAAAAUAAUAAUAAAUGAUGCAUACAUUUUUUCACAGUCAAUAGAUCCUCGGAAUCGUGUUUAUAAUAGUUUUUCUGUCUUUAUGCUGUCUCCUGGUUUUUGUGUGUGUGUGUGUGUGUGUGUGUGUGUGUGUGUGUGUGUGUGUGUGUGUGUGUGUGUGUGUGUGUGUGUGUGUGUGUGUGUGUGUGUGUGUGUGUGUGUGUGUGUGUGUGUGUUUAUUUCCAGCAUAUGUUGAAUCCAGCUUCUUAUGUUUUCUUCCUGAGAAAAAUGUCUCUUUUGGGACAAAGUAAAAAUGACUUCACAUAUAUACAUUUUGAAAGUAUUAAAACAUGUAAGUAAUGCAACUUUAUAUGAACUUAUAAAUCUAUGAAUUAAAAUAUUGUAAAAAUAAAAAAAGAUCAACAUUAGAUGGUUUGUUUGUGUCCUGUCUGCCAACGAAGCACUGAAAAUA